UUACUGAGCUGCAUCUCGUCAUUCGUCCGGUAGAACGAAUCGAUUCAAGUGCACGUAUUUGGCGUGAUUCAAACAUUCAAACCUCCAGCUCCAGUUCCAGCAUAACAGUGCGAGCCGUGCGGAAAGCAAGAACCGUAUUCCGGCUCUGGUGUGUUCUUAAUCGCUCCUGUGCCAUCAUCAGCUCCAACAGUUCCACGGCAGUUCUCAGACCGCCCUUAUCACUUGUACCGUAAGGGUGAUUAAUCAUAAAAGCUUCGAGCAUCCGGCCAACGGAGCUCAUUCGACGUUUACGUCUUCGCAGUUGCAGAAGGGACAGUCGCGAUUCUCGAGUUAAAAAGUUCUGGAAAUAGCCGUGCGACGGUAAAAAAGGACCCGCGAAACCCCAUACAAGUGCGCGUUCGAGGGUAUCAGUGAAAAGCCAAGGAAAAUCAUGGAAAAUCGGAACGAAAACGGGCAUGGCAACAGCGGGAAAGAAAUCCGCGUCUGGUGCGAUGGAUGUUACGAUAUGGUGCACUUUGGACAUGCGAAUUCUCUACGUCAGGCGAAGGCUCUCGGUCACAAGCUUGUUGUAGGCAUCCAUAACGAUGAGGACAUCACGAGGAACAAGGGACCGCCGGUGUUUACGCAGGAGGAGAGAUACAAAAUGGUGCGUGGUAUUAAAUGGGUAGAUGAAGUGGUCGAAGAUGCACCCUACGUGACCACACUGGAAACGCUCGAUAAAUAUGACUGUGACUUCUGCGUACAUGGUGAUGACAUCACCCUAACAGCCGAUGGCAUCGAUACGUACCAUUUGGUAAAAAAAGCACAGCGUUAUAAGGAAGUAUCGAGGACGGCUGGCGUAUCUACAACCGAUCUGGUCGGACGAAUGUUACUCCUUACCAAGAAUCAUUUUAAACAAGGUGAUCAGGAAUAUGAGGUUGAGAAAGAUGCACUGCUGAAGCGGUAUAACGUUGAAAAAUUCCAAAUCUCAGGCUCGUCGCAGCUCGGCCAGGACCAUACGGCCCGCAGCCCGUGGACCGGAUGCUCGCAGUUUCUGCCGACGACCCAAAAAAUUAUCCAGUUUAGCGACGGCAAACCGCCGAAGCCAACGGACAGGAUCGUGUACGUUGCCGGUGCUUUUGAUCUGUUCCAUGUCGGCCAUCUCGAUUUCCUGGAAAAGGCGAAGAAGCUCGGUGAUUACCUUAUCGUCGGUCUGCAUACCGAUCCGGUGGUAAACCAGUACAAGGGUGGCAACUAUCCAAUCAUGAACCUGCACGAGCGCGUACUCAGCGUGCUGGCCUGCAAGUACGUGAACGAGGUAGUGAUCGGAGCACCGUACUCCGUGACGAUGGACUUGAUGGAACAUUUCAACGUUAGUGUGGUGUGCCACGGACAGACACACAUAGCGUACGACGUGGGUUACGUUGACCCGUACGCAAUACCGAAGCAGAUGGGAAAGUUUAUGUUAAUCGAUUCAGGUAAUACCAUUACAACGGAAGAUAUUGUGGAACGAAUCAUUCGCCAUCGGCUUGAAUUCGAGCAGCGCAACAAGAAGAAGGAGAAAAAGGAGAUUGAAGUGUACGAAGCGAUGCAAAAGGUGAAACUUGCGCAAAAAUCCGGUUGACCCAUCGUUGACGAUGCUCAGUAGGGUGCAGCAGCAGAAAGUUCAAAUUGCAAGUCCCCAUGUAUAUUUUAAUCCCGUUCGACGGGCGACAAAUAGGAGAGGUGUGAGUGUGUGUGGCGGCGGAGGGCUUUAACAUAAAUUAAAACCCAGAGCGUUCGAACCGCCCGGUAACCCGACGCGAGGCUCUUCACCGUCAUGUUGUGUUUAUUUUAUCCGCCACCAAAUGGAGGCAUCAUUCCUUUUUAUUUGUUUGUUUUUAGUUUGUAACGUGAAAGCUACUAUGCGUAAGGAGGCUGACACGGGGUGACAAGUAGUG